AUGACGAGUACAAACCGCAUCAUCAUCUUCUUCUUCAUCCUGUGUUUGGUACGGACGGGUCAAGCCAUUUGGAUGACGUUACCGUCAUCCGGUACAAAGUGCGUCUCCGAGGAAAUCCAGAACAACGUCGUUGUUUUGGCCGACUACGUCGUCAUUUCCGACGAUCACUCCCAUUCCCCCACCAUCUCCGUCAAGGUGACAUCGCCUUACGGGAACGAUCUUCAUCACAGGGAUAAUGCUACACAUGGUCAGUUUGCCUUUACAACUCAAGAGGCUGGUAACUACCUGGCAUGUUUUUGGGUUGAUAGUAAUAAUCGUGGAGGCAGUGGGGUAAGUGUCAACAUUGACUGGAAAACUGGAAUUGCAGCUCAGGAUUGGGAUUCAGUAGCAAGAAAAGAGAAGAUUGAGGGUCUUGAGCUUGAACUACGGAAACUGGAGGGGGCAGUGGAGGCCAUCCACGAGAAUCUACUUUAUAUCAAGGGCAGAGAAGCGGAUAUGAGGAAUUUAAGUGAACGAACAAACACAAGGGUGGCGUGGUUUAGCAUGAUGUCCUUGGGCGUCUGCAUUGGAGUUUCAGGUCUGCAGUUAUUGCACCUGAAGCAAUUUUUCCAAAAGAAGAAGCUUAUUUAA